CCAAGCUUCGGUGAUAAAGCUUGCAGAGAAGGAGAAGCUGACUAUGCGGCAGCUUGCUUAGCGGCUAGGAGGCUAUUCAGGACAUGCAUUUGUUGGAACUCCAGAGAAUAUUGCAGACGAGAUGGGGACUUGGCUAGCAGAGGAAGCAGCUGAUGGUUUUACGGUCGUUUUCCCGUUUCUACUUCAAGGCUUGGAUGAUGUUAUUUAUCGUUUGGUUCCUGAACUGCAGCGGAGAGGCCUCUUUCGGAAGGAGUAUGAGGGGAACACUUUAAGGGAACAUCUUGGUCUUCCGAGACCAAAGAACCGCUUCUUCGAAUGAGACAGAGAUUUCAAGGUAUCAUUUGAAUCAUACUGCAGGCCUUGAAGGGUAG